UUAGAAGACGCCUAUUUCACCUUCGAUCGCCACAAUGGGGAAAUCGUUGCGUUCCACUUGAGCAGAGUGUUAGACAUGCGAAUGGCGCCGCUCACUGUGGGUCGAAAAAUAUCUCUGGAAACCGAAAUUUUGCCCGUUUCGACGCAGAGACUUUCGGAUACAAUAUUCCGGAAUGAGGACGGAGAUCUCUGCUAUUUCGGAAACUGCGAGUUCUGCGAUAGGAAAUGGCCGGCGUGCGAGGAGGACCAGUACCUAGAGGGGGCUGUGGUCCUGUGGCUUCCCGAACAUUACGUAGCGUCCGAGCCACACCAUCCGUGGGGAAGGACUUAUAUCAAAGGCAAGCUCGCCGACUGGGAAAAGGACGCGAAUUACUGCCAGGCUGUCCUUCACACCCUCCUUUCUCCGAGGAAACUUCUGGAUCUCAUUGACGUGUCGGUUUUCGAUUUCCUGAUCCAGAAUGUUGACAGACAUCACUUCGCGCAGACGUCGCGGGCGGACGACUCGCCUGUGGUUCUGAUAGACAAUGCGAAGAGUGUCGGAAAUGCCUUUGUUGACUGGAUGGACAUCCUGGCGCCAAUUCUACAGUGUUGCAGAAUGCGAAGGACGACCUACGAAAAGCUAAUCUUCCUGAGCGGCGGCGGGUUAUCCCAGGUCAUGGAGGAACUGCUGAGGUUUGACCCCGUGGCGCCUGUCCUCACCCCCGCCCACCUUCGCGCCUUUGACCGUCGAAUCCUGCACGUCUUGGCUGCCAUGAGAGCGUGCAUGACCGAGAAGGGCGGCUGGGAUGGUGUCCUCUUUUAAUGGUUAAUGGUUAAUGGUUAAAAGCGAUAAAUGGUUAAUGGGUAAAAUUAAUAGAUGUGGUAGAUCACGUUUCUUUGUUAGAAGGGGAAACAGACCGUUUUUUUCUCAUUUUUCUCUGGAUAUAUGCCUUAAAUGGUUGGGUUAAUGGUUAAUGGUUGGAAUGAAUAAAUGUGUAGAUAAUGUUUUUUUUUUUUGGAACGUUCGGAGGCGUACGUUUUCUUCUCUCGAUACAUUCCAUUGCUUGGUGAAUGUUCUUUGUUCUUGUGAUAAUAUGAGGUUCUGUCGUUGAGUACAAUAAUGAUUCAUUCAUUGAUUUUCAUAGUUAAAAAAAAGGCAACUUAGGUAUUAUUGCAGCUGCUUAUCUGAUUUUAUUUUGCUUGUCUCCAUGGUAUUUUUUUCUGCGAGCGAGUCUGAUAAAUUUUAGAUAUUUAAAUGGCAAUUUUAUAUGACUAUGCGAUUGAUACGAUAUGAAGAAAAAUGUAUGUAUUGCGUUUGUUUACUUCUCGAGCUGGUCAGUAAAGGCGCUGUCACACUAGCACUUUUUCCGUCAAUUUUUUAACAAUUUUAUUUAACAUUAAUACAGA